AAAAAACAAAGGACUACUUCCUGUCCUCUGUCCGGUCAUCAUGCUCGCUGUGAAAGGUUUCUGGAGGCUAAAUCCUCUUUAUAAAAUACUUCAGAAUUCAAGUUUGAAAUGUAUAUCUACAUCCUCUAGUGUUAUUCAGCAAAAGGAUAUGCUUGUGCAAAUGGAGAACCCCUAUAAAGAGCCACAGAAGGGAUGCAUCCUUUGCAGUGUAAAUGUUGACUACAAAAACAUACAGCUUCUUUCCCAGUUUAUUUCACCGCACACAGGGAGAAUUUAUGGCCGACACUUAACAGGUUUAUGUGGAAAGAAACAAAAAGAAGUGUCAAAAGCCAUUAAGAAAGCCCAGUCUAUGGGUUUCAUGCCAGUGACACACAAGCAUCCACAGUUUAUGCGAGACCCUAACAUCUGCAGCACCAAACACUUGGGAUAGUUAAUUAUGAAUUAAUGUAUUAAGUACGCUGUGUAUAUCUAUUGUUUUGUUGUAUA